AUGUUUGCUUCGCCCAACUAUUAUUUUGGUAUUUAUGAAGCUACCUCACUUCCAGAUACAAUAUCUUCAAAAGUAAAAAAUGCCUCAGACAGAAUUUCACAAGUAUUUCGCCAUUGGUUUGAUAAAGAAGGUCUACCAUGGGAUAAUAGUUCUCCUAUCCUGAGUGAUUAUGUUCCGUUUCUGUUCGCGGGUAUUCCAUGUGGUGGCACAUUCUCCGGAGCCGACAGUAUUAAAACACUUGAGCAACGGGAUCGGUAUGAUAGAAUGUUAGGUCACGGGUACGGUGGUAUUGCUGGUGUAAAAUUUGAUCCAUGUUAUCAUCAAGCAUGUGAUACAAUAUAA